AUGGGUCAAGGAUUAAGUUUGGGAACAAAUGAAGUAUCGGAUGAUGUAAAGAAUAACUAUGUUGAGCUGUUCUCUAAGGAUGAGAUCAUUGAAAUGUUUCAAUCGAGGUGUUAUUCGUUGCUUCGGCCCUUAGAGUUGAACUCAAUGGCAACUAAAUUGAAUACCACAAGCUUGAGAGAAAAAGUCAUAUUGACUAAUGGAGAUGUGUCAUAUCUUUUCGGAUUAUCAAACGACGCUCUACAGAGUACCCAUUCUAGUAAUCACUCGUUGUCCAGAGCACUUGAUUUACUUUUUCAGUCAUUCAGGGUUGUGGGUCAAUUCCCAUUUCUCCAAGAUUAUUUUCGAAAUGAAACACUGGGAUUGACAAUCCCUGAUCUCGUUGUGUGUUCUGCAUUCCAUAGCGGUCGUUAUACGAGACUCAUUUCGCACUUUGACUAUCUUGAGUUGUUAUUUAUUGCAUUCGCUCUUCCGGGGAUAGCAAAGUCAGAGGCAGGGAAUGAGAAAGGAGUGACAUCUGAUCCAAAGUCAAAGAAUUUGUAUCUUAGUGAAGAAAUUGUUUCGAAAGAUGAUGAUCCAUACACCAUAAAAGUCUCUAGGUCAUUAGAGAAUGAAGAUAAUAUGGAUAAGAGAGCAAAGUUCGUCAAAUGGGACACUUUUGAUAGAAUCCGCAGUUUUGAUAACAUUGAUGUUGAGCUUUUAAACUUGAAUGCGGCUGAUUUACACUGUCUAAUAACGUUGUUUUUGAUAAUCACUUCGAUUUCAGGUAGAGAUUUUGCAAUCCAAAAUGUUUCAAUUCUAGAUUUCAGUAAUAAAUGGGAAGAAUUUGAGGUGCUUAGCCUCAGCUUAAUAAGAUACAUCAAUAUUAAUAUUACCAGCAAAACUAUACAUACCUUUGAAAUCAACUUUGAAGAGUUCAAAGAGGGUGUGACGAAGGGCUUUCCAAAUCUAUUUAAUAGAGGCUUGAUGAUGUUAUUUAAACAAGGCAUCUUUUCACCCAUGCCGAAAUCGCUUCAUUCAGGUCAGCUGCAAGGUAUGCCAGAUUUACCAAAAGGUUCAAAAAGGGUAACGUUAAAAGAGACAAAGCUAGUGAAUGAGGCAACUAUAAGCUAUAUUUCACUCGUAUUAAAUACCUUGAAAUCAAACGUCGUAGUAUCUGAUCAGAAUAUGAUUCAAUUAUAUAUUGAUUCUUAUUCUGGAUUUUCUAUAAGAUCGCUAGAGCUGAAGAUCUUCAAAUGGCAAGCACCCACUAUCUUUUUCGUCUCAGGUAAAAGACUAAAAAAUAAAACGAUCCAUUCAAAUAAAAGGUAUCAAAAGUUUGAUUCUGAAUAUCCACGUUUCUUCUUAUCUCUGGAAAAUUCAAGGAAAGAUUGGCAACAUGAUAAUGAAAGAAUAACAUAUGCGGUGUUGGUAACUCAACCGUGGAGAAAUUCUAACAAAAGAAACUUUGGAGAUGAAGGCACAGUGAUAAUUCAACUUCUGCCUAGAUUGGAUUUCUAUAAGAGCGUUCAUAAUCCAGUCCUUAAAGGGGAACUGAUAUAUUUUAACAAUCUAGGUUGUGGUGUUGGCUUUGGUAAUAAUCAACCUAUUAAUAAAAACACUGUACGGAAAUACGUCCCAGGGGAUGUCUCUUUAACUAUAGAAGCCAAUUUAGAAUUUGCUAUCUUUAGGCAUUUAUCAACUUUGACAUCUCGAACAACUUCAUAUUUUCAGAAAACUCAACAGCAUCAAAUCAUUCAUGAAGAUUAUGAAGACAGAUUCAUGAUCACCGACUUAGAGGUAUGGGGAGUAGGUUCAACAAAGGAGUUAGAUGAGCAAAAGAAGCAAUGGGAAUGGGAGGAAAAACAGGCAGAAGCACGAAGAGGAAUCAAUCUUAAAAAUUUGGGAGAAGAAAGGGCAUUUUUGGAAAUGGUGGGCUUAGUUGGUAAUCAUAAUUCUAGUGGAGGCUCGAUUUGA